GCCAUCUUGCGGCUCGUUGUCCGAGUCUGAGAGCUGGACGUUGAGUCCCUUCCGCUCUUUGCUUUGGUGCUGGUUCUCCACGUUUUUUUUUCGCAGAGGUUCGUGGCUUUCUAGAAGGAGGUUUUAUUGGGAGGUAAAGGUCAAUGCAGAGCUGUGGAGUAAGAUGCCUUAUGGUGAAAUUGAAGCUAAAUCUUUGGGACGUGGAAAAGAACUAACAAGUGAACCAUGCUGUAAAAAAUUGAAACCAAUAGAAGAAGCUCAUGUUUUCUCCCAUCACGGUAGUGCUAAUUUUCACAGAAUCCAAGAGAAUACUGGAACUGAUGGGGCCCCCGUGGCUGUCGUUGACGUCAUAGGAAAUGGUCAUCCUCAGCAGGACAAAACCAAAACUGUGUUAUUGAAACCUUUGCAUGAUGUGAUGCCUGGUAAUAGACAAGAUGUUGUUGAAUUCAUUGAUUCACAAGUUUUACAGAAUGCAAGUCCUCCAGUAGUAUCCUCAGAUGAUGGGAUAUAUAGCACUAGUAAAGCAUUUAUAGGACCCAUUUACAAACCUCCUGAGAAGAAGAAAUGUAAUGAAAGAAGGAAUCGUGCAGAUGCUAUCAGUGGUAUAAAUGGCAGAGGAGGUCAAGAAGAGAAAAUGAAAUUUAAUUCCAAAAAAUCAGAGAUGGACAAUGAAUUAUUCCAGUUUUACAAAGAAAUUGAAGAGCUUGAAAAUGAAAAAGAUGAUUUGGAAGGCAGUUGUAAGGAACCCGAACCCUUUCAGGAACAGCUUACUGCAUAUUAUGAAGGCCAUCAUAAUGAUCUUGUAGAAUGUGAUGAAGAAAAGAAAAGAGAUGUUGGUAAUGCUCUUCAGUCACCUUGUGAGUAUCAGCAGUACUUGGGGAAUGACGCAGGCAGAUACCCCUGUACUGGACAAGUAGUACCUACAUUUUGCGACAUUUCAUGUACUUCUUUCAGGCCUGAGUGGCAAUCACUGCAUUCUUUUAUAGUACCUCGUGGUCCUCCUGCACUUCCCAGUUUUAAUUAUCAUUUAAAUAUUCAAGGAUUUCACGUGCCACAAAAUCCACCUCCAAAUAUUUUCUGUGCCCAAGAUGACUCUCAGGUGACAAGUGAAUGUUCUGUAGAUAGCUGUCACUUUAACUGGAGUUGUUUGACUGCUGAUCAGAACAGUAAAUUUACCGACUGUAUUCAGAAUAGCAGUGGUGUUCAUCCCUCUAGAAAUAGCCACAGUGUAGAAGAUGGACGUGUGAGUAAUGGUUUCUGUGAAACCAGAGAAGAAUACUGGGAAGAUCCUUUUGUGGACAAGCUUAAUGGAACAGACAGGUUUAUGAACCAACAGUUUCAAGAGGAAAAACUAAAUAAAUUGCAAAAGUUACUUAUCCUUUUAAGAGGCCUGCCAGGUUCUGGGAAAACGACAUUGUCUCGCGUUCUGCUUGCUCAGAGUCGGAAUGGCAUUGUGUUCAGCACUGAUGACUACUUUCGUCAACAGGAUGGGUACAGGUAUAAUGUUACUCAACUUGGUGAUGCCCAUGACUGGAACCAGAACAGAGCAAAACAAGCUAUCGAUCAGGGGAGAUCUCCAGUUAUAAUAGACAACACUAAUACACAAGCUUGGGAAAUGAAACCAUAUGUGGAAAUGGCCAUAGGAAAAGGAUACAAGGUAGAGUUUCAUGAACCUGAAACUUGGUGGAAAUUUGAUCCUGAAGAAUUAGAAAAGAGGAAUAAACAUGGUGUGUCUCGACAGAAGAUUGCUCAGAUGUUGGAGCGUUAUGAAUAUCAAAUGUCCAUCUCUAUUGUAAUGAAUUCAGUGGAACCGCCGCACAAAGGCACACAAAGACCUCCUCCUCCACAGUGGAGACAGAGAGAAAGAGAUUUGAAGAAAAGUGGACUCAGGCUCAGUAAAACCAAACAGAAGAGGAACAGAAAAAGAAACAAAAAGCAGACCAGUGCUAGUAAACUCAUGGAGAAAAACUCACUUGGUACCUUAAGUUUUCUUACUCCGGGAGACCAGAAUCCAUCUCAGAGUGAAGAGGAGGAUUUAGAAUCAGGGUGCAACUCCACUGGUGGUCAGGGACAUAACCUAAGAGAUUUUGUGAAUGGCUCUAAAGAAGAAAGAGAGAAAAACAUAAAUCCUGAAGAAAGUUUUCCAGAUAGUAUGUCUGUAGCUGAGUUGUACAAUACACCAAGGAAUCACCUCCCCAAGGAAGGUGAUAACUUGUUUCUAAGUUUUUCAUUGAUUCCAAAUGAAAGCGCUGUUAGUUGUCAAACAGUGACAGAAAACCUUUUCUGUGUAACAAGCGAUGGUUGCUCUGGCACAAAGGGAGAAAAGCAUGUUGAAAACAGGCAUGCCGUGGCAUUAGCCUGCCAGGAUAGGUUUGUCGAAGCCUUCUGCUCAGUAAUGCAGGGGGGACAGAGGGGAGGUAAAAGUCUCCCAGGGGAAACAGUUCUGGGCCAUCAAGAUGGAUCCAAAACUUCAGAUAAAGUCUCGAGAGAGGGUCAAGGAGCAAAUACAACUAAAAUCAAUUAUUGGGCAUUUUUCUCAAUCAGUUUAUCAGAUGAAGAAUUACAGCUGGGCUCUGAUGGACAACAGUAUUUUGGUAGCUUGUCUGAGAGACCUUAUAAGUUUCUAUGUGAAUCAAAGAAAGAUAGAUGGCAUAAGCUGUCCUGUCCUGACGAGAGGGGAGGGUUGCUUCAAUUGAUCUCCACAUCUGAAGGAGCAUCAGUACCAGAGAGCAGUCCGGAAAUAUUGAUGCAGGAGAAGCGAUUGAUGGAAGACAAAACUUUGUCAUCUCCAACGGAGAAUAGAGAUUCAUUAAUAGAAACAGAAACACAUCUCUUCAGCAGCUGCUCACCUAAACUGGAGAGCCCAGAGAAUGCCUUGGUGUCAACAGGGAGUAAGAAGAGGAGGCAGAGGAGGAUUGUCAAUCUAGCACCAAACUUUGACUUGCCCAGACAUAUUAAUAUCAGUGCAAAAGGAAGGGAGAAAGGUGACCUUUUAACAGAAAGCCAUGCACUGAAAAUUAUUUGGGGAGAAGAAAAAAGUAUUUCAGUAAUAAAUAAUGAAGAAGAGAAUAAGCAGAAACUUGCGGCCUUCAAUCAUUAUCCAUUAUGGUUUUGUCUUGAUAUUAUCAAACACCCCCCUUUAAAUAUUGGUGGACAAUUUUACUCCCAUUGCCUGUCCUUUAACAGGCUAAGAUGCUCGGUGUAUUUUUACAACAACCUCAUUCCUUCUCUUGUGCUACAAUAUUCACCUAGAUUUUGGAACUUACCUUUUGCAAGCAAGAAACCGUCUUUGACUUUCAAAUCUCAGACAAGAGUAGAUAAAAAACUAAACGAUGUAGGAUUUAUUUCUUCAGAAAUUUUUAGUAGCCGACCUUACACUUUGUACCCCUUUGAAAUUACUUCUGAUCGUCACUUUUUAAAUGUAGGGUUUGGUGAAAAGCUGAAGAGAUGGGGAGAACCUCAGCCACUGCAGUGCUUACAAACUGAAGAUAACCAAAAUCUAACAAGCAAUAACUCUUAUUCCCUUGGGCUUCCGUUAUCACAAGGGUUUGCCUGUCAACUGGUGAAGCUUUUUGGAUCUCCUGGAGUUCCAAUGGAAUCUUUGUUGCCUGAUGACUAUGUGGUUCCCCUUGACUGGAAGACACUGAAGUUGAUCUAUUUGCAGUGGAAGAUGUCAGUAGAGGUAUCUCUUUAUGGCUCUCAGAGAGGCCCUUCCCUAACUGGUGAAACACACACACACACACACACACACACACUAGAGAAAAGGAGAAAACCUGUUCUUCAAACUCAGCGGUGAAAAAUAUAUAUAUGUCUAUAUCUUACUGAAUGCUUAUUCAUUUAGAGAAUGUACAGUAUACAGGAUGUUUGUUUUCCUAUAGCCCCAGAAGGCGGCUGCAUUCACCUCCCUGAGCUCAGCUGUGGGCGAGCUGCUGUCAGGCCUGCGGUGGGUGCCCGGGCGUCGAGCUGAGGGCCCCUUACCUGCCACCUCCUCUGCCCCGCCUUGCCCCUCACUGCUGUCUUGUUAGGACAGCGGGACAGCCACCAGUUCGGUUCAUGUUUGCCUGCUUGGGAAGCAUCUCAUUAUUGGUGUGGUCUCGAUGCACAGGAUGGCUGGGAAGCUUAGAAAGAGGACGGCUAGAAAUGCUAGAGAAGCCGGGACCCUAUAAAUACGCCACGGGGAGAAGGGGCCGGGAUUCUGUUCACAGGCGUUGAUAGUGAUGGUGAAUGAAUUAUUAUUUAAAUGUGGCCAGAGGUGAUGCUAGACAUUUGUUUGGAAAUAAAUAGUAAAAUUCAGCUUUAAUGAAAAAUUAUAGAACUAAGAAUAGCAUUGUUUCUUCAUGGUUCAUAUAAGCACAGCUGUGGGAAAAGUAGCUUAGUUUUGUUAGUCCAGUUAAUAAAACAGAAUACAUUUUUCUAAACUUCCAAUUUUUUCUCAUUCCCCACAGAGACCUUAUUAUCUUAAAAAAGAUAAGCAGUACUUUAACUGUUUCCUAUAACAUCUGUAGUUAUUAUGUUCUAUUGUCAUUUGGGGAGUAUCCCUAUAUGCGUUAAAUGACAGUGCAAACUUAACCCCAAUGCCAAAU